GACUGAUUCUUUUGCGUCUUUCUGAUACAGAAGAACAAAUGGGAUUUCUUUUUGUUUCUUGUUCUAGAAGUUUUUGCAAUGAUAGUAACUGGUGCAGUGGCUCUUACAAGUAAGUUUUUGGAAGUAUAAAAAAAAGUCAAAAAUGUCAACAUUGUUAACCCAAUAAUAAGUCACUUAUUGUAUAUCCUCCUUUUUGUUAUGAUGGCUUCAUUUGCUGAAAUCUGUUAACAAUGCAGGAGUUUUGACUGAUCCAAUGGCUCCUUCAUCUUUUGGAGCAUGGUUGAACCAUGCUGGUAGUCAGCAUCUUGGUGCUAUAUCAUUUGUCAUUUCUGAUUUUUUCCUCUUCUCUGGUGUGGCCGUCUUAACUGUUGUACAAGCUUCUCAGAUAUCUCGGAAUAUUACAACCAAUGAAAUGGCAAAUGUUAUGCGCUAUAGCUACCUUAAAGGACCAGGAGGCCGGUUCAGGAACCCAUAUGACCAUGGGUUGAAGAAGAAUUGUUCGGAUUUCUUGAUAAAUGGUUACAAUGAAGAUGUGGAGUACAACGAAGAAUCAGCUCAAACUGAAGGGAUUGGAAUGGUGCAUAUGUCUAGGAAUUCAAAUCUGCAAAAUGGGGUUGGUCAUUCUCAUCAAACCAAUGGAAAUGGCCAUGUAGCUAUUAAUGUGGAUAAGAACGCACAAACCCAUUAUGGUCACAUCCAUUCUUCUCAUUGUAGCCAUGGUAACAGCGGCAAAACCGAUUCUGUUCCUUUAGGGUUGGGUCUUGGCCUUGGACGAAACAGUGCUCGUUCCGUGAUAGCUUCAUGA